AUGUUAAUAAUAUGCUAUCUUUACUUGUCUCUACUGUGUAGGAGCUCUGGUCCGUCCCGGUGGUCCCACUGCAGGAAAAGAGGGGUCGACGGAAGCCUGCGGGCCAACAGAGAGGAGGACGCUGGUCGAGAAAAGGGUGGGCACUCCGACAGCAGAAAUGCUAGUUUCACCACUCCAGAGGGCACAGGCCCGGUGUCUCGCUGCGGCAGAAAGGCUGACUGGGGCAGUCAGGUGGAGAAUGAUGAAAUGAAGAGAGACGUACACAGAGACAUGCAGCGUUACAGGAGGAGGAUACUGGGUGCAGAGGUCACCCAGAGAGAGAGGAAGAUCUCCUCUGGCUCAUCGGGGAGCUGCGACUCAAAAGAGGGGGAACACAUUGAAACUGAUGAGGCAGUGUUGCUAAGGCGACAGAAACAGAUCAACUAUGGAAAGAAUACACUGGCCUAUGAUCG